AUGCCGCCUCCUCCCAGUCAUCCCGGCGGCGUCGGGCCGUCCAACUUUGACAAGUUCAAAAUGGGCGCCAUGAUGGGUGGCACUGUCGGGACUAUCAUCGGCUUCAUCUUCGGGACUGUCAACAUUUUUAGGUACGGCGCCGGGCCAAACGGUAUCAUGCGGACACUAGGACAAUACAUGCUGGGCUCUGGCGCGACAUUCGGAUUCUUCAUGUCCAUCGGUAGUGUUAUCCGUUCCGAUGCCUCACCCGCGAUCCAAGAAGCCUACCUCCGUGCUCAGCGACGACCGAUCAUCAUGGCCUCACGAGCCUUCCGCCCGGCCCAAGCACCGCGUCGCGACAAUUGA